UUCAGCGCGUGGAGUGCAAUCGCCUUCGCCUUCGCCUCCUUCACAAGCCCAAUCCAAGCCUGUCUCUCCGUCCCCCCUCUCGAUCUACACAGAAUCCGCCAUGAACGAUCACCAUCACGAUCAUCACCACGCACGUCUGAGCCGAAUCCGGAAGACGACGGAGGUCCUUCGAGAAACGGCUUCGUCCUUUUCCUCCCACCCUCUGACCUUCUUCUUCCUCACGUUCCUCCUCUUCUCUUUUCGCUCCGUUAUCGAUCGCUGCUCCCUCCUCCUCAUCUCCUUCAUCGACCGUGACCCUUCCCUCCACUCCCUCCUCUCUCGCCUUCCUCUUCACCACCCUCCCCACGCGCACCCCACGCGCCUCCCUCGCCGUCCCCCUUUCCUCCACCUCACCCGCGUCGGCACCCUCGACGAUGACUUCUUCUCCACCGACGAUGACGACCGGCGAUCCCUCCACGGCCUCCCUUUCCGUGCUCCGGUCAAUGGCACCUCCGUUAUUCUCUCCGGGUUCGAGGGCAUUUCUGGGUUUUCGAACCCCAUCGCCGACAACGGCCUCUUCCUCCCUCAGAUCGUCCGACCCGGCAUCGUUCUCCGGCCAUCGUCUUCGGUGGACGAUCACGGAGAUGAGAAGGAAACGAAGUACGAUGAAUCUGAGCACGAUCGCGACAACAACGAAGAGUUUCGCGGCGAGAAGGACGAGAAGGAAUUCUCGAGUAUAGUAGAUCUGAGGCUUUUUAUUAGGGGGUUUGAGCUGGGUCGCCGCGAAACGGCGGCUCUGUUCUUCCUGGGGAGUUUCCUCUCCGCUGCUUAUGGAUGGGUGAUUCUAGGGUUCACGACCGUGUACUCAUUGGUCCUAGCGAUUGUUUUCGUCACUGUGAUCAAUGACUUUGUUGGGAGAUCUCCUUCCUUCUUUAGGGUUGUGUGGACUGGUUCAAGAUUAGGGUUUAAGAGGGUUACAGGAUUCAUUUUGAUGAGAUGGGCAGUGAGAGAUGCGUUCACACAGCUUCUGGGUUUGUGGUAUUUCGGAGAAGUCGAGGAUCAGUUCUCAUUUUUUAGGCUCUUUGUGAGGCUAAAGUUGAUGCCUUUCACUGUUAUGCCCCCAUGGAUUCGGGGUUACGAGAAAGAGAUAUCUGGCUUCUUGUUCGCUUGGUUCCUGCUUGAUGCGCUCAUUGGUUUGGUAUUAGCCGUUGAUGCUUAUGUUGCCAUUGUUGAUUCGAGGAGGAGGGGGAGGGAAAUAGUGAAGGAGGGUCUGUAUUUGAUUUCCCUCUUGAUGAAUCAGGCGGUGCAGCUAAAGUGUCUUGAGGCUAUUCUCUGCGGGUCUUUUUUCAAAUGGGUUCUGAUUCGUUUCCUUGGCAGAGGCUUUGCUGCUGUUUUCCAGUCGGCCACAGAGGUUUACUUCAUGGUGGCUUGGUUAGUGUUCUACUUAGCAGCUCGGAGCAAAAAUGCCCAUAUGGAAGGUAGAAGGUUUGGGAGAAGAGAAUUGGAAGGUUUGAUUGAUGGGUUGAGAUGAUAUCCGUCGUCUUGUAGGAUAAGUUUUUCGGCUUCAAAGGAUUAAACCACCUUACCUUGGACACUGAAGUAACGGCAAUAUCUCAAGUGCUAUACGUUUAUCAUGCGCUGAAGUUCCCUCGGUUUAGCACUGCCUUGGAUUGGUAUGAUCGCUACAAUUUGUUGUAUGUACCGCCACACCCACUUGUGAGCUAUGGAAAGGACAAUAAAAUACUUCAUCUGUGUAGUGUGUAUACUCAUUGCGAGAAUUUCCCUGUGUGUAUAUCUCUUGCUGCAGUUGUUGGACAUAAAAAAAUCGAUCGAGUGACCUGUCUUUGAUAUGGGAAUUGAUGUUAGAUCAGGGCUUCUGAUGUGCUUCUCGGCGUCAAAGUGUACUUAGCUGUGCCCCCUUUUUGUUCAAACAUUUUGAUCUUUUUAUUUGAAGUUUGCAUUUGUACUAAUCGGCUUAUGCGGUCUGUGGAUAGAGCAAAAGUGCAUUUGUUCCUUGCUCUGUGGUUAUGAUUUGGGAUCAUAUCUCGAUUUUGCAAGCGUAUUGAAGCUCUUAGUUUUUGUUCCAGAUUAAUGUACUUUGUUAUGUCAUGGCCUUUCACUAGUUCCAUUUCCUAUCUCC